ACAAAAAGUAUGAACAUAUGUGUCGCAAUGUUUUCAGUAAUGUGAUUUUUCUUAUUCCAGGCUCCAUAUUAUAUCAGACAUUGAUACUUAUAUGAACAAGAUACCCAAGAUGAAUCAUUCCAUUUGUGAAGACCCUAUAUGAAGCAUGACCUAACUUAACAGCAAAAGCCUCACUGCACAACGUGCGCCUAAAACGAUAAAAAUGGUAAUGAAAAUAUUAUUGUUGUGGACAGUUACAUUGGCAAUACUUUAUCAGAAACUUAAUGCGGAGUCAGAAUUUACUCAGCUUAACCACACUCAUCUUAUUGCAACUCAGCUGAACAAUACUAAUCCUAGCAGUAAUCAGAGUAACGGUUCUCAAUUUAACAGUACUCAAACUAGCAGUACUGCAAUUAAUGUUACUCAAAUUAACAAUUAUCAAAAAGAUGAUAUCGAGGACACUGGCAGAUGUGGUUCGCCAAUUGAUCUGUAUCAGAACUGUCCUGCGAAUACAUGCGGUGGGAGAUGUGGGGAUAGGGCAAAUUACACCAAAGGUGGUAGUUUGUGCUCUUGUGACAAUGCUUGCACUAUUUAUGGAGACUGUUGCAAGGACUACAAGUUGAAAUGUGGCAAUUAUAGCCAAGAUGAGCUUGAUCGCGUGAGAUCGACUGAUUUUACGUGCAAGAAGCAUGCUCCCGAUCAGUAUGUCUUUAUGAAAGAAACCUGUAAGCCGAGCUACAGCGACGAAUCCGUCAUCAGAAAGUGUUACACGAAUUCUGGGUUUGAAGGUAUGGUACCAGUCUCAGAUUCUAACACUGAGAUUGUUUAUUCCAAUUACUUCUGUGCCUUGUGUAAUGAUGCUACAGAUGUUGUGCCUUGGGAUUUGAACGUUAUGUGCAAAAAUGGUGUUGGGUUCCCAAAAAAUGAAAUUAGAUGGAACGAACUCAUAUUAUUAUUACAUAACUCUCGUAUUGUUCGAAGGAGUUGUGAUGUAUACACUCAACCACGAAAAGCCCUUGGAAGUGCAUCUUCACAAAAAUGUGUUCCUAUCAAUUCCGGAUGUUCUUUCGAAUGUAGAGAUCCUAACAUCAUAGAGCUCUGUAAGGAGGGAGAAUAUGACCCGCAAUAUGACCUAUUUGACAUUGUUCAAAACAAGUAUUGCUUACAAUGUCGAAAUCAUGCAGAGCUAGAGACGUGUCCAGCCCAAGACGCGAGGACAAACCAGCCACCCAUGUAUGGAUUUUCCUACUCUUUACUGUUAGAUGUAGUAGGAGAGUCUGAACUCAAUUUCAAACUUCAAUCGGGAUUUGGUAUCAACAAGAUCAACACAGAAGCAAAGGUUGAACAUGAUGGUGAAGUGCGUUUGACCGCAUGCGGCGCACCAUUUGUUCUACUUAAUGGAAAAUGCGAGCUGGAUGGAAUAUACAUUGCUAUUUCAUGCAACUAUGACAGAAAUUCAUCAUAUGUCACGUAUAUUGUGCUAACUCAAGACCAAAGAAUUAACAUAAUAGAAGAAAUCAGAGAAAUAUAUGACACUAUCGGGCAGGUUGUUAUACAAUACUAUACAAGUAAAAUAAAUGGCGGCAUAAAAUCAAUAGCGACGAAAUGGUUUGUGCAUAUGCCUUAUGACACUGAUGUGUGGAGAUCGGUACUUUUAGAAUAUGAAGAACCCUUGAUGGAUUCUCUGCAAAAAAUCCUCCCUGGUAUAGAGUUGAAUGAAUGCAUCUAUACGCAGGCUGGGAGUACGGUUAUUCCGAGAAUAAAACAAACAAAAAAAACAGUACAGCUGUAUCGAAUCACACGAAGACGAUUAAAAGUGGCACCUCUACAGUUGCAAACAAGUCGCCACCAGAAUUUAUAAUUUUGAUAUUGACAAUAUGCGCUGCAUGUGCCUUAUAACAAUUAUUUUUCGAUUUUUAUUUCUAAUAUUCCAUACAAUUAAAUUGUACAUGUCAUGUACAAAUUGUGAACUAAGAUAACCUUUGUAAAUGUAAUAUGUUUUCACAUGUAAGCUUUUAAGACUUGCGUUAUCUUGGAAACCUAUUACUUUGAAUACUGACUUUAACAAAUUCAUCUACAUGUAUUCUCAAAGCAAUCAGCUUCCACUCAAGAAAAUUCUUUAAACUGAUUCAUGUUUGUUCAAAGAGACAGGAAUCUAUAAAACAACUAUCAAUUAAAUCUUAUUCUAUCCAAUCUUAAUACUGUAUCUCAGAGGCAUCUUAGUUCUAAACAACAAUAUUCAAUUAAAUCAAAAUUCAAUGUAUUCAGAGAAUACUACUAUGGUAUGAAAUGAAAUGAGAAACUAAGUUUCAUAUGUUGCACUAAAAUAUUCUGUAAUUUCAAACUGAUUUUUUGGUUCGAUUAUAAAUUAGGAUUACAGGUAGCCUACAAUUUCAGUUAAAUUAUCUUGGGACAAAGUCAAUCAUGUCCAUGGUCCCACACUCUUAUCAGUACUGGACUUACCCAUGCAUUCGACAAGAGUCAUUCACUGGUCUGUGUUGAGAUACAGUGAAGAUAGAUGAGUUUUUUUCUUUCCAAAACUUAAUGGAAAGGGCAUUUAAACCAAUGAAAACGGUUAAGAUUGAAAUUGCUGAUUCUCAUAUGGCAUUUUACAAGGUAGGGUAAUAUCAAUCCAUGUAUCCUGGUGAGAGUGUUGAUUAGUGUCAUGCCUUGGAGAUUAUCAAUUUUAUCCAACGAGUGUUGAUUAGUUUCAUGCCUUGGAGAUUAUAAAUGUUAUCCGACAUAUUCGUGAGACAUUUCUUGUUAUUAACUAAGAUUUAGGCUCCCAUUUGAAGUGUCAAACUAGGUCUCUUCUCUUAUAUUCUCUCUAUCAUGGGAGAUAUUCCUCAAUUUAGUCUGACAUAAUUUUUAGUCAAAAAUGUCUUUUCCAUGUAUUAAUUUCUUCUAUUUCCUAUACAAAUCCAAAUGCCUUUGUUUUUAUGGCAGUGAGUAGCUUAGAUUUGAGUAUAAGUUUAGUAGUGUAUAUAGGUAUGUAUAGUCUCGAGAUGCACGUGUUUGCUGUGGGUAAAUGUGAGUCGUCAGCAGGACGUACAGUGAUGGAGGGCAUAGGCUGGAAUCCUUCUUCACUUGCUGGUAAGGCAGGGCUUGAUGUCCAGAAAUACACC